UUUCGCAGUCGACUCGUAGGCAAGGCCGUCCCCGCCCAACAUGCGAGGGAUUCGGAGCCCAGUGAUUGCCCUUGCGGUAAUCCUCUAUGUCGCUCUGGUAUCGGGCAAGGCGUUGAUACCUCAAGAACAACAACCGCAGCAGCAGUUACAGAAGGUAGAUCGUAAGGAUGUCGCACAGAACCGUGAUGGCUACGAUUACCCAGCGCCGAAUGAUGUAGUUACUCCAUUCCAGGAUGGCCCACAUCUAGGCGAUGACCACGACAUAGGUGAUCAUCAUGAUCAUAUCGAACACGAUCACCACGAAGAGCACCAUAUUGAAGAGCACCACGAACAUGAUGAUCACCACGACCACCACGAUCAUCACGACCCUGGCUUUUGGAAGAAGAAAUUAAUCUGGAAACCGGGAUGGAAGAAGAUUUGGAAACCAGCCAAGAAACAAAUAUGGAAGCCUUCCUGGAAGAAGAUCUGGAAACCUUUAUGGGUGGAUAUUAAAGUUCCUGUAUGGAAAGAGAUCAAGGUUCCUGACUGGAAAAAGAUUUACAAACCGGAAUGGAAACCUAUCAAAGUUCCGGCAUGGAAAGAAGUGAAAGUACCAGAUUGGAAGAAAAUAACUGUUCCCGUAUGGAAAGAUAUAGUAGUACCAGGUUGGAAGGAAAUUCAGGUCCCCGCUUGGAAGAAGCUUUGGAAACCCGAAUGGAUCAAGGUCGGAGUACCCGGUGAAAAAUACUUGGGCAAAGACCAUGAUGGCUGGGAAUAUACAUCGCAUGACCUUUGGAAAAAGAAGCUCAUUUGGAAACCAAUUUGGAAGAAGUACUGGAAGCCAGGUAAAAAGCAAAUCUGGAUCCCGGAUAAGAAACUAGUUUGGAAAGACGAGUGGAAACAAAUUUGGAGAACCGAGAAAAAGCAGAUCUGGAUUGAUGACAAGAAACUCGUCUGGAAAGAGGCCUGGCAACAAAUCUGGAAACCAUCGAAAAAACUGAUCUGGGUACCUGACAAGAAAUUGGAAUGGAAGGAAGCUUGGAAACAGAUCUGGGUACCUGACUGGAAGCAAAUUUGGGUUCCUGGAGUGAAGAAGAUUUGGCGUCCGGUUUGGAUAUCAGAGUGGUUCCCUUCACCAGAUCAUCACGAGCAUGUCCAUGAACACGGCUGGGACAGAAACGAUAAUGCCGAAGCUGGAAAUGAGAUAUCUACCAAUACCGUACCCGUUUCAGAUCAACCGACUAGUACACCACCACCUCAAGCGAUCAUGUGGAAAUUCCCAAAGUAAACGUAUACUCGUAGCCUACUCGUACUUACUCGAACGCGAUUCGCAAACGGAUUCAAUGUAUUGAUAAACAUUCCUGUCCCGGGAAUCAUUGCCAUAUUAUGAAGACAAUAAUUAUUAUGAUUAUUGUAGGAACGGAAGCAUGGCAUCAAGCACCGCAAAUAGGUAAAUAUGAUUUGUAUUAAAUCUAUUUGCGUGGCGAAGUAUAUUAUAUGCGAUGCGAUGUUUCUAUUGAUGUUAAAUUAGGGUCACAUUUUAUAAAACGCAUCGGCUCUGCGUUGUGACGUAAGUAGUUCCUAGCAUGUAAGCGACACAGUCUGUGUCAUGAAGCGGCUUAAAAUUAUUUAUGUCAUUAUUUGCAAAAAAGCUUUAAAUGUUAAACUUAAGACAAGGAGGAAGUUUACGGCUAUGAGUUGAUUAUAUUAUUUUCCAAGUGCCACAGUAUCGGCUUCAUUGAUGCCAAAGUCAUAGAGGCGUGGUUUGCUCAACCGCAGUAGUUUUGCUUGUGUUCAACUGAGACACACGGGAGUGAUGCGGGAACCUUCAAGAAAUGGUUUACUUUUUGCCCUUAAUUGAAUGACUGAUAACGGUUACCCCACUGAUGUUUGUGCGUUGUUGUUUUGUGAAAAUUAGGUUAUUAUUAUUUUUAAGUUGAUUAUAGCGAAACCAAAAUACAUGUUAAUGUUAAUGUUUUAAAUAAAUGUCGUUCGUUAAUAAA